AUGGCAACAGCAGUGUCUGCCAGGCAUUGGUACUCAUGGGUGAGUGAUUAUGUUCUCGAGGACAAGUUUCGAUGGGCUAAAACACCUCAGCUCAAAGAUCUCAUUCCACUGGAAACCAAGCAAGGAACACUGUCUCCACCUGGUGGGAAAUGGGACCCACGUCUUGUUAUAGGCCACAAUGUUGGUUUUGAUAGAUCGUUUGUAAAGGAACAGUACAUGAUUCAGGGAACAGAACUGCGCUUCUUGGACACCAUGUCAAUGCAUAUUGCAAUCUGUGGGUUAACCAGUUUCCAGAGACUUCUUCAUAAUGCUAGCGGAAAAGAUAGCCAUAGGAAGGAAAUUGUUGAACAUGCUAACAAACAGAAGCUGAACAGGAGACCUUCAAGUGACGAGUGGAAGAAAAUCAGCAGUUUAAAUAACCUACGAGAUGUCCAUCAGUUGCACUGUGGUGGAGAACCCAUAGAGAAAGCCAUUAAAGAUGUUUUUGUGAAAGGCAGUAUGGCUGAUGUCCGAGAACAGUUUCAAGAUCUGAUGACAUAUUGUGCUACUGAUGUUCAAGCAACACGUGAAGUAUUUUUAAAACUCUGGCCAGAAUUUAUAGAAAGGUUUCCCCAUCCUGUGACACUGGCAGGAAUGCUGGAGAUGGGUACAGCUUACCUCCCCAUAAAUGAUGCCUGGCCUAGAUAUAUUCAGCAUGCAAACAGCACAUAUGAGGAGUUGGAAAGGGAGCUGAAAAAACUGCUCAUGGCGCUGGCUGAUGAAGCUUGUAUUCUUCUUCAAGAUGAAGAAUAUAAAAAUGACCCUUGGCUUUGGGAUCUGGACUGGUCCACAUCUGCGUAUCGCCUCAACAAAACUGGGAAAAAUCUAGACAAUGUAACUGAUCCAUUUGAGAAAGGAGAUGAUAACAGCAACAAGUUUCCAAGCAGUUUAGUUUUUGAGGAGGGUCAGGAGGCACUAGAGGAGUACAAGAGAGUGAUCAGAAGAGUGUAUUCUACAGCUUCAAGGGUUCCCAAAAAUCCGACUUUCAUGCCAGGCUACCCUUUGUGGUACAGAGAACUGUGUCCUCGUCCCAGAGAUGUUGAUUUCUAUCCUGGCCCAAGUAAUAUUAGCACUCAGUGCCGGGUUACACCCAAACUCAUGCGUCUGGUAUGGGAUGGGUAUCCUGUCCAUUAUGAUGAGAAACAUGGUUGGGGUUACUUAGUACCCUUUCAAGAAGAGCUAAGUCCAAUGGAAAUUGAGCUGAGAAGUCAAGAGAGUGAUCCUCAAGACCAGCACAGAUUUCCUUUACAAGCAUUCCUGUCAUUUGUUCAAAACAGUAAACCCCCCAAGAAUUGCUCUUUGAAUGGUAACAAUGGUGAAGUGGGAUCACCUGAUGCAAUGGACUUGCUUGGGAGAGAUUUUGAUGCACGAGCCAUGGAACUGGAAGAAAAAUUGCCACUUUUGGAAGCAGCAAAAAAUAAGAAACUGAGAAGAAUUCCAGAACAUAUUGGUGUUGGUCCAUAUGAUGUUGGAAUACCAGGUGUUCGCUUUUAUAAAAUUCCACACAAGGAUGGUGAUCACAACCGAGUUGGGAAUCCUUUGGCCAGGGAUUACCUGCUCAGGGCUGAGGAUGGAACUUUGACAGCUAGUCCAGAUGCCCAUGCUGAUCGUGCUCUGAUUCUCGGCAGGAUGUGUUCAUACUGGAAGAACAACCAAAAACGAAUAAUGGGUCAGAUGGCAGUGUGGCUUAACAAGUCAGAGCUGAACAAAAACAUCACACGACAUUCUGACUAUGAGCCUGAAGGGCUCUAUGGUGCUAUAGUGCCUCGAAUUGUCACUGCAGGCACCAUCACAAGAAGGGCAGUAGAACCCACAUGGUUGACAGCAAGUAAUGCUUAU